UUUUUUUCUCCUAUUAUAUAAUUUCUUAUUAUGUUACUAAUUUUAUGUACUUAUUGUAUUUUAUUUAACUGAAUCGUUCAAAAAGUAUGUGACGUAUAACAAUUUUCUAUUUCGUUUAAUACAUCUAAUCUACAUUAUUAAGUAGGUAUACUUCAUUUUUUAAAUUUUUAAGUUAGUACUAUGGCAAUCAAUGAUUUUACAAUAGCUGUGGUUUGUUCAAGUAAUAUGAAUCGAAGUAUGGAAGCAMAUGCUUUUUUAAGUAAAAAAGGUUUCAAUGUUCGAUCAUUUGGAACAGGAGACAAGGUGAAGUUACCCGGAACAGCACCAGACAAACCAAAUAUAUAUGAUUUUGGAUGUUCUUAUGAUGAAAUUUACAGAGAUCUAUACAACAAAGAUAAAACAUAUUAUACACAAAAUGGUUUAUUAAAUAUGUUGGAUAGAAAUCGGCGGAUAAAGCAACAUCCAGAAAGAUUUCAACAAUGUAAUGAACAAUUUACUGUAGUUAUUACGUGUGAAGAAAGAGUAUAUGAUCAAGUUCUUGAGUAUUUUGAAACUAUUCAAAGUUUUGGAAAUAAGCCAGUUCAUGUUAUCAAUAUAAACAUUCAAGACAAUCAYGAAGAAGCAACAAUUGGAGCAUUUUUAAUCUGUGAAUUUGUUACUUUGUUGUCCAGAAGUGAAGAUCUUGACAAUGAUAUUGAUCAAUUAGUUGUUAAAUAUGAAGAAAAAUGUCAAAGGUCACUUCUCAACUGUGUACUUUUUUAUUAA